AUGGGCUCGGCCCUCAGAGCUUUUUUGGGGAAUGUUGGGUUUUUGGAAUUGCAAUACCUGAAUCCUUCGUGCGAUCAAAUUUAUGCCCAGUUCUGCAAAUCAAAGCAGUUGAAACCAGAGUAUGAAGUUUCGGAUUCAGGCGUUAAUGGUUUCUGGCUGGGCUCCAAAUCGGCACAGUGUAUCAUCAUCCACUUUCAUGCGGGAGGGUAUGCCUUGGAUAUCACACCCAAUCAUUUCGGGGUAUGGUUCAGAAUUAUCCAGGAGAUGGCACAACAAGGAGUUGACAUAGCUGUGUUCUUUCCCGUUUACACCCUGACGACGCAGGCAAGUUAUCCGACUCAGUUUACGGAAGGUGUAAGCGCGUUGAACCACAUUGUCGACAAGCUGGGCCGAGACCCUAGCGAGAUCAUCCUAUCCGGAGACUCUGCCGGGGGAAACAUGUGUCUUGCUAUCAUGUCUCACAUGAUGCACCCAUGCCCCGAGAUCACGGAAAAGGCAGUCAAAACGAACUGGGCAAGCAUGAAGAAAAAUGUGUAUAGAGGUACUGAUAAUACCGGGACAAUGGCAAAGAUGGCCAGGUCCUAUAUGAACGGUAGAGACACAGAUAAUUACAUCGAGCCUGCACUUGCACCUAUCGAUUGGUGGACUAAAUGCCCUGUCAAAGAGACCUUUGCAGUCGCAGGAGAGGAUGAAGUACUCAUUGACCCGAUCAAGGUCUGGGCGGAACGAUUCCAGGCAGCCGGAAACAAGACGCGGUUUGUCGUCGCACCUAGGGAAUUUCACAUUGAACUCUUCACUCUACCGAUGUUUGGUAUCGAUCGAGAGACAAUCAUGGAGCAGGAAAUGAAAGCCUGGCUCUUCUCUAUCGCCAAGUGA